AUGAAGCCAUCUGAGUCCCAGCGGCGUGGGGGCGAACAAAACUGGUGGGGUAGUGCCCCCCAGUACCAGUACAUGCCCUUUGAACACUGCACCAGCUACGGACUGCCCUCAGAAAAUGGGGGCCUCCAGCACAGGCCCCCGAGGGAUGCAGGGUCCCGUCCCAACGCCCACCCUACACAGAUUUACGGCCAUCACAGAGAGCAAUUCGCACACAAGGAGCAGGACGUGGAGAUGCCCGAGAAGAUGGGCUCCAGUGUGACCAUGGACAGCACAGAUGAGGACCACUAUUCUAAAUGUCAAGAUUGCAUCUACCGCCUGGGACGCGUGAUGAGGAGGAAGUUGGGGGAAGACUGGAUCUUUCUGGUGCUCCUGGGACUGCUUAUGGCUCUGGUUAGCUGGUGCAUGGACUAUGUUAGCGCCAAAACCCUUCAGGCCUACAAGUGGACCUACCGCCAGGUGCAGCCCAGCCUGCCGCUGCAGUUCCUGGUGUGGGUCACCUUCCCGCUGCUGCUCAUCCUCUUCAGCGCCCUCUUUUGCCACCUCAUCUCUCCCCAGGCUGUUGGCUCUGGGAUCCCUGAGAUGAAGACAAUACUUCGCGGGGUCAUCCUGAAGGAGUAUCUCACCAUCAAGGCCUUCGUGGCCAAGGUUGUGGCCCUGACUGCCGGGCUGGGCAGUGGCAUUCCUGUGGGGAAGGAGGGCCCUUUUGUCCACAUCGCCAGCAUCUGUGCUGCCGUCCUCAGCAAGUUUAUGUCUGUAUUCUCCGGGGUAUACGAGCAGCCAUACUAUUACACCGACAUGCUGACGGUGGGCUGCGCCGUGGGAGUCGGCUGCUGCUUUGGGACCCCGCUUGGAGGAGUGCUGUUCAGCAUCGAGGUCACCUCCACCUACUUUGCUGUGAGCAAUUACUGGCGAGGGUUCUUCGCAGCCACGUUCAGUGCCUUUGUGUUCCGCGUGCUGGCCGUGUGGAACAAGGAUGCUGACACCAUCACUGCCCUCUUCCGAACCAAUUUCCGGAUGGAUUUCCCCUUUGACCUGCAGGAGCUCCCAGCCUUUGCUGUCAUCGGGAUUUGCUGUGGGUUCCUGGGAGCUGUGUUUGUGUAUCUGCACCGCCAAGUCAUGCUCGGUGUCCGAAAGAACAAGGCCCUCAGCCAGUUUCUCGCUAAGCACCGCCUGCUGUAUCCUGGAAUUGUCACCUUUGUCAUCGCCUCCUUCACCUUCCCGCCAGGAAUGGGCCAGUUCAUGGCCGGAGAGCUGAUGCCUCGCGAAGCCAUCAGCACCCUGUUUGACAACAACACGUGGGUGAAAUACGUGGGGGACCCUGAGAGCCUGGGGCAGUCAGCUGUGUGGAUCCACCCUCAGGUCAACGUCGUCAUCAUCAUUUUCCUCUUCUUUGUCAUGAAGUUCUGGAUGUCCAUCGUGGCCACCACUAUGCCCAUACCAUGCGGAGGCUUCAUGCCUGUGUUUGUGCUAGGAGCUGCAUUUGGAAGGCUGGUAGGAGAGAUCAUGGCCAUGAUAUUUCCUGAUGGUAUCUUAUUUGAUGGACUCAUCUACAAGAUCCUACCUGGGGGCUAUGCAGUAAUCGGAGCUGCAGCGCUGACUGGUGCAGUGUCCCACACGGUCUCCACAGCUGUGAUUUGCUUCGAAUUAACGGGUCAGAUUGCUCACAUCCUACCCAUGAUGGUGGCUGUUAUCUUGGCCAACAUGGUGGCUCAGAGCCUGCAGCCCUCCCUUUAUGACAGCAUCAUCCAGGUCAAGAAACUACCCUACUUGCCUGACCUUGGUUGGAACCAGCUCAGCAAAUUUACGAUCUUUGUUGAAGACAUCAUGGUACGUGACGUGAAGUUUGUUUCAGCUUCUUGCACGUAUGGGGAGUUGCAAACCCUGCUCCAGACCACCACGGUCAAGACUUUGCCACUGGUUGAGUCAAAAGAUUCCAUGAUCCUGCUGGGCUCCGUGGAGCGGUCGGAGCUGCAGGCCCUCCUGCAGCGCCACCUGUGUCCUGAGCGGAGGCUGCGGGAAGCCCAGGACCUGGCCAGGAAGCUGUCUGAGCUGCCUUUCAACGGGAAGGCUCCGCGGGCUGGGGAGGGGCGCCAGGGCUCCGCGCCCCAGGGCCGACCCGAGUCCUUUGCCUUUGUGGAUGAGGAUGAAGAUGAAGACCUCUCUGGGAAACCCGAGCUGCCUCCUCUUCCUCCUCCUCACCCCUUUCCUACUGUUCCACUGCGCCCCGAAGAGCCCAACGGGCCCCUGCCCAGCCUCAAAGAGCAGCCAGAAGCUCCGGAGCCUGCAGGUCAAAGACGCUCCAUCUACCAGUUUCUGCUGUGCUGCUUACUGGGCAAAACUCACCCCACCAAGAAGAAAACCAGCCAGGAUCCAACGGAUUUGGUGGAUAACAUGUCACCUGAAGAGAUUGAGGCCUGGGAGCGGGAGCAGCUGAGCCAGCCUGUCUGCUUCGACUGCUGCUGCAUUGACCAGUCCCCGUUCCAGCUGGUGGAGCAGACGUCCCUGCACAAGAUCCACACGCUCUUCUCACUCCUUGGCCUCCACCUUGCCUAUGUGACCAGCAUGGGGAAGCUCCGGGGUGUGCUGGCCCUGGAGGAGCUACAGAAGGCCAUCGAGGGGCACACCAAGUCGGGGGUGCAGCUCCGCCCUCCCCUGGCCAGCUUCCGGAGCACAACUUCAACUCGGAAGACACCUGGGGGCCCGUUACCCCCUCCGGAGGGCUGGAGCUUCCCUGAGGAUGGGAUUGGGGCUGCUGAGCCCGAGGAUGUGGUUACUACCUCACCAGAGACCCCGAAGCUGCCCCCCACCCCAGAGCCCCCUCUUUCCCUGGCUCCAGCCAAGGCGGAAGGUGAGCUGGAGGAGCUGGAGCUGGACAGUCCGGGGCUGGAAGAGGAGCUGGCGGACAUCUUGCAGGGCCCCAGUCUGCGGUCCACUGAUGAGGAGGAGGAGGAGGAGGAACUGAUCCUCUGACCCGCCCCCAGGGACCACUCAUCAGACUGCCGAGAGGCCCAGGCCCCGGGGGUGGAUUUGUGUGGGAGACAGUAUGUCUUAGUGUUGGAGAGAUCGUGCCAAUAUCCUGGCCCCUCCUGAGAAUUUUAAUAUGUGACCAUGAUAGUCCGAGAGGAGGAGUCGGAAUUUGGGCAGAGACUAGCCUUGGUCAAUAAUUUAGGCCAU